AUGGCUCUGCUCCAGGGAAACUCUAGCUCUUUGCUUAUGCCUCCUUCUGAUGUUGUUCUGCCUGAUGGAGGCGCUUCCUCUCAUCGUGGAAAAGUGCAGGCACCUGAAUGUGAAGUCUCUCUUCAUCGCAACGCUAGAUCCAAUAAAUAUGAUGGAUUUCAGGUCCAUGCUCUGUGCGAUACCAAGAAGAAGCAAUCAAAGGUCAAACCACACCACACUCCUACUGCUCCCUCCUCGGUGAUCAUCAGGGAGCUGGACACUGAGGCAGCCCAGGAAAGACCACCUCCUACUCCCAUUCAGGAGAUUGAUCUAGUCAUCAAAGAAAUGCAUGCGGAUCGGGCUCCAGGCCCUGAUGGAUUUAAUGGGGCAUUUCUAAAAUCUUGUUGGCACAUAGUUAAGGAAGAUUUCUAUGCACUAUGUGAUCAAUUUUUUGAGGGUGCUCUCAACUUGAAGAGUAUCAAUGACGGAUUCAUCACACUCAUCCCAAAAAUUUCGGCGCCACAAGGAGUUAAUGACUUUAGACCGAUCACUGUGCUAAAUUGUUGUCUUAAGGUCAUCACAAAGCUUCUAGCUAACAGGUUACAAAAAAUGAUUCUCAAGAUUAUUCACCGCAACCAAUAUGGUUUCCUGAAAAAGAGGUCUAUUCAGGACUGCCUUGCUUGGGCUUUUGAGUACAUAUACCAAUGCCAAUCUUCUAAAAAGCCAAUAGUACUGCUCAAGCUAGAUUUUGCAAAAGCGUUCGACACCAUCGACCAUGAUGCUAUGCUGGAAAUCAUGAAACACAUGGGUUUCAAUGAUAAAUGGCUGGGAUGGAUCAAAACAAUUUUCUCCUCUGUUGGUCUCAAGAUUAACUUCCACAAGUCUACUCUCGUGCCCAUGAACUGUGAUGCCUCCACCGCUCAGACUAUUGCGCAAAUUUUUGGUUGCGUCGUGGGAAAGUUACCUUUUACUUACCUUGGGCUGCCAAUGGGUACUUCUAAACCUACAGUACAAGAUCUCAUGCCAUUGGUUUGUGGAGUUCAACGGAGACUUUCGGCAACGCUGUCAAUGAUUUCCUAUGGAGGGAAAUUAUCCCUUCUCAAUUCGGUAAUCACAUCCCUUAUAAUCUUUGCCCUUUUCACCCUCAAACUGCCAACGGAAAUUAUUGAUCUGUUGGAUAAAAUCAGAAGACAAUGUUGGUCCACAUACUACAAUGACAAAAUCCCACACGCUUCAGAUCCAUGCGGAUCGUUCUGGUGGAAAGAUGUGCUCAAACUCACACCCAUCUAUAGAGGAAUAUCAAAAGUGAUCAUUAGCAAAGGAGAUAUUGUGCUGAUGUGGAAAUAUCUAUGGUUGGAUGAUGUCCUUGCUGAUUCACACCCACGUGCUUUUUCUUAUGCCAAACUUGAAGACAUCUCUGUUCGAGACUUUCUUGGGUGCACCAAUCUCAAUGAAACCUUUCACCUACCACUGUCCAUGCAAGCACACAAUGAGCUACGUCAUCUCCAGGAGAUCACAGCGCAUGUUGGCAUGGGUGAGGGUGAUGACAUGGAAUCCUGGAUCUAUGAAUGGGGCUCUGAGAUAUACACUGCCAACAGAUAUUACAAUUUCUAUUUUUGUGAGGCCACAGCCCAUAUUAGCUACAAAUGGCUCUGGAAAUCUUCGGCCACAAUGAAAAUCAAAGUCUUCGGUUGGCUCCUCUCUGAUCGCCUCAACACAAGAAACAUGUUGAAGAGAAGACACUACAACAUCGGGGACAAUUAUGGUUGCAUUCUAUGUGGCAGGAAUGAGGAAGAAACAAUUGAACAUAUGAUCUUUACUUGCCCCUUCAGUUCAGCCUGUUGGGACACUUUGAAUAUCCACUGGACAGCUAAUGGAGAUCGCCUCAACUGGAUCAAGGAAGCCAAAUCCGUUUGGAACAACCAAAUGUUUAUGGAGAUUUUCCUAUAUGCCUCCUGGAGUUUGUGGAAGGAAAGAAACAACAACCACUUUAGGAGAAUUGACCCCACGGUUGGGUCUUGGGCAAGAAGAGUCAAAGAGGACUUCUCUUUACUCAUACAUAGAGCUAAAGAGAAACACAAACAUUUUCUCUCCACUUUUAUUCAGUCCUUUGUUGCCACAUAG